AUGGGGCCCCCGGGCAAUAGGGGAUCAUGGGGCCCCUGUGUCCUUGCCCAAACUCAAAAAAGCCUAUGAAAGGGGGUUUAGAGGCAGUUAAAAAAAAAACCUUGAUGCCCCUAAGAGCAGCUGUAAAAACAUCCAGUGUGAAUAUAUACCUUGUCAUGACAGCAGGGGCGGACUGACAACUCAUGGGGCCCCCGGGCAAUAGGGGAUCAUGGGGCCCCUGUGUCCUUGCCCAAACUCAAAAAAGCCUAUGAAAAAGGUACCAGGGGCAUCUCAUGGGGCCCCCUACUGACCCCGGGCCCUCAGGCAGUACACGAGUUUCCAAAUGGUCAGUCCGCCCCUGC